AUGUUACGUGGCUCUGCUUUAGGCCCUGUGUUGUUCAACCCUUUUAGAGAUAAAAAGGACCCAUCCGGCGAAGUUGUUCCAUAUGGUGACACAGAGGUUAAAGAGACAGAGAGAGAACCUGCAGCAGUGUAUGAACAUGUUGACAACCACCCGCCUCGCCAUCCAAGAUGGUGCAUACCCUACAUACGAAAAGAUGAUGAAUUCUUCCAUUUUGUCAUUCUUUGCUUUGCUGCUGGUGCCUCACUUGUUUGCUAUUACAAAUACAACAACUGGAUAGUUGCACUUGGUGUCGGUUUGAUGACCUUUGCAUCUUUAGAAACAACUGGAAUAUAUUUUGGGCUCGUAUACCGCAUUCGAAGCAUCCUGGAAGGGUUUGUUCCCCUGCUUCAGAGAGUUCAAAUGCCUGGUUUCAGAAAAGUUAACUAAAUGGAAGGAUUCAAGAAAGCCGAAUAAAAAUCCUGUUUGUUUACUGGACUAAUAUCAAGAAAUGUUUUCCAGGGUUACCACGUUUAAUAUAAAACAUAAUAACUGCAGAAGUGUAGAAUUUUCUCAGCUGGGGCAAAGAACUGUGCUAUAGUGGCUGCCUUCUCUCUCUGGACAUAUGUUGUAACAUAUAUUUCCAUGUCUUAAUUGUCUUCCGUGUCUUACUUCCUUUGUUUGCUCCCAGCUUCAAUAUUGACAACUGUAUUUUUAAAAUGCAAUUUUGGGUUUCGUUGUGAUAACAAUUUUCCUUGUGCAGCAGCAUAAAAGGAAAAAUGAAAAAGUGAAUUAAGAUGUGUUUAGAAGAUAUUCUUUACAGAUGUGCCACGUAGAAUGUAACUCUGAUUACCAUUCAUCUGGAGCAGCCCUACUAAAUCUGGACAAAAGCUUUGAAAUGAAUCCCUUUUGCACAGACAGACAUUGGACACAUAGGAGAAGAGUAUAUAUAUAUAUAUAUUUAAAUAUGUUUAAAAUUGGGAAGAGGAGCAAAGCCUGUAAUAACCUAUAUAUCUCUUCUAUUUGUUGAGCAGUAUUUCUGGUUCAGUUCGUACCAAUUUGCUAAAAAAGAUUUCAGAAAGCAAAAAUGGUUUUAAUAAUUAUAACCUGCUGCUUCUCCUCUCUGCUGGAUGUUGGCAUGAAUGAAGGUUGCAGAUGUUAAAGAUUAAAUUAAGACUGUAUAUGAAA